AUGACCGAGGUAUCCUCUACGCGCCUUUACCUGGGCAACCUCCCUCGCAAUGCCACCAAGGCAGAUGUUGAGGGCCACUUCCAGACGCACGGCACUGGCGAGAUCACUGAGAUUAAGCUCAUGAACGGAUUCGGCUUCAUCGAGUAUAAGGACGCAAUGGACGCUCGUGAUGUCGUCCCUGCAUUCCAUGGUUCCGACUUCAUGGGCGAGCGCCUCAUCGUCCAGUUCGCUCGCGGCUCGCGCGCCCGUAACGAGAACUUCACUCCCCACGAGCGCGUUCCCCCGCGUCCUAGGCGCACACCAUACCGGAUGAGAAUUGCAAAUCUUCCUGUGGAGACCAGCUGGCAGGACCUCAAAGACUUUGCCCGCCAGUCUGGAUUGGACGUCGUCUACUCUGAAGUCGGUCGCGAGCGCGAUGGCACUGGAUUUGUCGAGUAUGAGACGGCCGCUGAUCUGAAGACCGCAGUGGAGAAGCUGGACCGCCGUGAGUUCAAGGGGCAGGAAGUCACCUGUAUCCAGGACGUCUCCGAUCCUCCCCCACCUCCACCUUUCAAGCCGCGCGCUCCUUACGGAGGCCCUGGUGGUCCUGAUGACCGGGGCCGUGACAGAUACCGAUCCCGCUCUCCCAUGGGCCGCCGCGGUGGCGGAUACCCACCUGCGCCCUAUGACGAUUACUACGACCGUCGCGGACCCCCUCGUGGCUACAGCCCUCGCCGCGAUGACUAUCGCCGACGCACACCUCCCCGCGAGUUUUAUGACAGGCGUGAUGGUGGUUAUGGACGCUCGCCGCCUCGUGGUCGCAUGCCUGAUGAGGCCCGACCUCCUCCCCGCGGUUACGAUGACCCAUACAUGAACGUCCCGGAGGCCGUCCGCCUUAUGACGCUGCAGCGGCUGACUACCCACCACGUGGCCGCUACUAAACGUACGACAGAAGUAGGCGUUCUUACUCUUGAAGACUACUCAUCUCUUAGAACAUCUACCUCCAAAACUAUUCUACCCGUGGAUAUGCAUUAUGCGAUGACGGAGCCUAAAGACAAACGGAGGAUCAAGUGUGCUGUAUGA